AUGUUUCAGGAGCACUGUUUACCAGAAAAAUCACUUUAAUACAAGACAGCUUGGAAGGACAUCAGUGAAGAGCCUGAGAGAAUGUUGGCUCCUGGCUUAAUAAAUUUUAUUCUUCCCUUUUUACUCUUAGGAAUCUUACGUUUGAUCGUUCAUUCAUCUGCAUCUCCAAAGCCAGUGCUAGUUUUGUCAACCGCAAGCCCUACUCCAACAACUAGGGCUUCGACUGGGAGUCCAACAUCAGUAUUAACAGACACUGAUGAAGGGCCGUAUUGCGGAGAUGGGUUGACAUGUGAUCCAUAUUGUCAACUCCUUUGCCUUAACAUGCACAAUUAUUAUCGGGACCUGCAUGGCUCUCCACCAAUGGAGUGUGACCACGAGCUGGCGAUAUCUGCCCAGGAAUGGACAGACCAGCAAGCCGCUAAAGGUUAUAUGCACCAUUCCAAAUGGACAGAUAAAUUUACUGAAAGCAUUUCUUGGAAAGGAUGGGGUUGGGAAGGGAUGGACAAAAUGGAAGGAGCCAUCGCUGGUGCAGUGAGAAGCUGGUAUUCAGAGAUCAAGAACGGUUACAAUUACCAAACAGGCCGAGGUACGGGCGUCAUUGGACACUUUCAAGCGGUAGUGUGGGCAGGAGAGACCAAGUUGGGUUGUGGACUUAACAUCAAGCCAGACGAUGGUACUUACGUCACUGCACAUUAUGCUCCGCCAUCUCACACGAGCAUGGAAAAAGAAAAAAUUGCUCCAGAUAAUGUAAAACCUAGGAGAUCACCAGAACCCGGCUGCAAUAUACGUUCCGGUGACCGUGAAUUGUGCAGGCCGGAUCUGACGGCACCAUUCGUCAAUCCAGGAAAUUGCCCCCUAGAAUGUUGCUACGACGACAUGUUUAUGAGUGAGCAGUCGAUAGAGUUUUACAGUCGUAAGGGACGUACUUGGUGUUUUAAGAGACAGUAAAAAGGUCAAUUUUAACAAUAAAAACACAACAAAAAUGAUUCCCUAAGUCGAAAACAGACGAGUCGUAAUGAUGAAAUAUGUACGAGAAUAGUUUCUCUUUCUUUUCACUCUUUCUUUCAUUUUUCGGAAAAAGUGUCAAGGGUGUAGCAAAGGAAGUCGUGAAGUUUUAUCAAAAUCUCCUCGACAACAAGA